AUGGGGUUCUUCUCAGGUACCUGGUUUUCGGAUGUACCUUGGCUUCAGGUGUACGUAGGGUUCUCCCUGACAGUUGAAGCAUUUGAGCAGUACUUGAAUCUUCGGCAGCUGCGGCGUUACAGCAGCAGCCGCUCCCCGCCGGCGCUGCUAAAGUCACGUUUGACAGAGGCUGAAUACGCGCAAGCCAUUGCGUACAAUAAGGACAAGAUAAAGCUGUCAAUGCUCUCGUCUAUUGUGGAAUCUGGGAUCUCUGUACUUUCCACCGUUUUAUUCUUAGGGCCUUUUUGUUGGCGUCUCGCUGGCCAUUGGGUCGGAGAUGGGGAGUACACACGCCCCCUCAUGUUUAUGGGCAUACAAAGAGUGCUGUCUGAGUGUAUAGCGACCCCCUUUCAGAUCUACAGCGACUUCUGGGUAGAAGAGAAACAUGGAUUCAAUAAGAAAACUGCCGGUUUAUUUGUUAAGGACAAGCUCCUCGGGCUGGGCCUGACCGUCGCAAUUGGAGCACCUAUCUUGUGUGCAGUUAAUUGGCUAAUCAAAUGGGGGGGAGAAAACUUCCAUUUCUGGCUGUGGGGUUUCUCUGUGCUAAUGUCCUUUGGAAUGAUUGUUAUAUAUCCAAACCUCAUUGCUCCGCUGUUCAACAAAUUCCAAGUCUUAAAAGACGAAGAACUGAGGGCCAAAAUAAACGCUCUGGCGGGGCGACUCUCCUUCCCUUUGUGUGAAGUGUAUGAGAUGGACGGAUCUAAGAGAUCUAGCCAUAGCAACGCGUACUUUUACGGCUUUUGGCGCUGGAAGCGAAUUGUCAUCUUUGACACUUUGCUGCAUUUCCCACACGACCAGAUACUUGCUGUACUUGGCCAUGAAUUGGGGCACUGGCAGAGGCAACAUUUUACCCAGCGGCUCUUUCUAGCAUUUUCCAACCUGUUUGUUACGUUUUACCUCUAUGGGAAAGUGAUGAACAACGAUCAUCUCUACCGAUGCUUUGGCUACGGCGAGGAUGCCAGGUCUCCCAUCAUUGGUCUCAUGCUGCUUGGAAAUAUACUUGCACCUGUAAACACCAUCCUGUCCGUCCUGUCCACGCUUCUUUCCCGCAAACACGAAUUCGAGGCUGACGCCUUCGCCUGCGAGCUGAGCUACGGGGAAAAGCUUAAGGAGGCACUGUGCGCAAUUCACACGGAGAACAAGGCGUCUUUGGAUCCGGAUCCUUGGUACUCGUGGUGGCACUAUAGUCACCCGCCUCUUCUGGAACGUGUCGCAGCCAUCGAUGAGAUUCUGACAAAAGAGGCGAAGAAGAAAGAAGACAACACGGGUGGCAGUAAUGCGCAAUCUACAGCAGACAAAGGCACUGAAGAACCAUCCCAUGCUACCGUCAAGAGGAGAAACCUGCCAUAA